ACAAAACCUCUGUCGACUUGGCACGUCAGUUUUAAAAAAUAAUCCAAGCCAUUUAUUUAAUUUACCAACUACACAAACUAAAACUAGCAAUGUGUAUAAUUUAAUUCAAACUUUAAGGCUGAUCAAUCAUAUUAUGUACCGAUAGUCCGAUACCAGUACCUCCCCGUUGGCAUGGAGUAACCUCAAGCAAUGCAUUUUGUCUGCUUCUGAAAACUGUUCCUUGAUGUAAAUUUUUAAAGAUAAUUGUUAAUUAGUUUAUUUUAUGUUUAAAAUGUUCGGAAUCCGUCGACUUUAUUCUGUUAAUUCGGCCUUGUUCACCGGGAAUGCCUUGAAAUUCAGCACGACCGGUACUAACAGAAUCAAAGAAAUUGUGGAGACUAAAGAAGGAAAAAAACUCAUCUUCAACGGUAUCAUAAAGGAACCGGAUGCGGACAGGCCUGUUCUCAAGUCUGCUCUUGAAUCUAAGACCACAUGUCCUAUUUGUAGCACAAAUCUUGAUGUUAAGCAUACAGAUGUCUUAAUUUUGAGCCAGUUUGUUCGUUCUGAUGGAUGUAUGUUGCCAAGAAGGGUCACAGGGCUUUGCAAGACACAGCAGAAACGUAUAUCUUACAUGGUCGCUAUGGCGCAGAAAGCUGGCUUGAUGUCUAAUUUGACUCCGGCCAAUAGUAAGAAGGAUCCUAAGAAAAGGAAGGAUUAUAAAAAAUUCAACACGUAUUUUGAUGAAUCCACAAUCCCUUUGCCUAAAGAGUAUAAGAAAAAGACGCCCAAUCUUUUCAGAUUGAUUUGAAAUUUUUUCUAGUUAUUUAUUGUACAUUUGUUUAUUAGUUAUA